ACUUCCCAGUCGCUGCGGCUCCAGCUUGGCCCGGCCCGAGAUCGAGACCCCUGCCAGCUCCGCCGCGCCCCCUGCUCCCGCCCCGUAGCCUCCCUUCCCUGCCCGCGGAGCUCCCGGAGACCCCGACGCCUGCGUUCAAGCUCCCCCACCCCUCUUCCGGGCAGCAUGGAGCAGUACCAGGGCCUGACGGACAACGAGCUCAUUGCCAAACUCAAGAGCUACCAGAUCUCGCACGGGCCAGUCGUGGGCUCCACACGGAAGCUCUACGAGAAGAAGGUUUACGAGGUGGAGCGGCAGCGCACGACGCAGCGGGGCCCGGGGGAGCCUCCAGAGCCCCUCACUACUGAGACCUUCAUGAGAGAGUUCUACAAGUACCCCGAGAAUGGGGCCCGGGCCCGAUACCCGGCAGAGGACCCGAGCCCCUCCAGGCUCUACAUCCGGGAAUCCUACAUGACACCAGACCACUCCGUACUCCCCAAUCGUGGCUACAGGCGCGAAGAUCUGGAUACCUACCAGGGCUCCUACACAGGGGAGCCCCCUGCCCGGCUUUACAGCGACCCGCUACGGCCUUGCAAGGAGGAGCCCGGCGCCAGCAGCCCCUGGGGGGAUGCGAUUGAGACGCCCCCCGCCCCCCCCGGGCGUUCCCUGCCCCUUUGGCUGCAGCUGUUGGUGUUCGGGGCCGUGGCCGCUUUCCUCACUUUCGUCUACUUCGCUCUCCAGGGCGGCGCCAGCGACAACCCCUUUCCCCGCAGCCUACAGGGCUGAGGGGCCGCGGUCCUCCCUGCUCCCCAACCAGAGACCCCUAGGAACCCCCCUUCCCCACAGCCAGCCCAGCCGCCCGCAUCCAGGGGCCCCCAGGCACUGUUACACAGACCUAGAGACUGCCCACACCCAGGCCCCAGCCUCUGACACCAGGGCCCCCAUAACUGGCCCCACCAAAGCCUCUCAGGGGUCGUUCAGGCCCACACAUGCACCCAGGAACCCCUCCCUAGGACAUACUGGGGAUCCCUCCCCCCACAGCUGGAGCCCCCCAAUACCCAAGGACUUUCUCCUACACAGACCCUGGGGAACCCUCCAAAACUUCCUAUGGACCUCACAUGGGACCUUCUUACACCCUGAGACCUCCUCCGGGCACCCUGGGGACCACUCCCCUGUGUUUAAGGCCCCCCAUUCCCUCCCAACCCCCCCUCAAGGUGCACUCAGGGAUAGCCCCACACUGCAGAGACCCCCCCCAUCCCCACUUCCAAUGGGACACCCCAACUACCAGAAUCCUGCCCAACCAGCCUGCCCCCCUGGUAGUCCAGGGACUGCCCCCAUACACAGACCCGCACCCUGGAUCCCUCAAUUUCCCCCAGCCCCCUGGCAGGUGGGAUAAGGCAACUCCUAUCCCCCCCCACCCCUCCCCCAUGGAGAAGUUGUUUGGGGGUUGCCUAGCAACAGCUGUCUUUCCACGAAUCGGAGGUUAUUUUGUGCCAUGUGGGGCGGGAUCCAUUAUUCUGGGGGCAAAAAAAAUCCCAAUAAAAAUGUGGGUUUUUUA